GUAGUUACUCGAGUUGCGCGAAGUCGUCACCGAUCGCUCUUGAGUUUCUUUCGCCCGGACGGCCCCCGUCAAAAGCGGGCGCCAGCCUAACUCCCGCCGCACACUCUCAAACAAAUAAAGGUUCAUUUUUUGAUUCUGGCAUGGAACUCAUUCUCUAAAAGUAGAACCUUCCCCUCCAAAUCUGUCAUUCAAUUCGGGUGUCAAUCUGUUUCAUCAGUCUUUUAUAGACAAUUCAAUCAAUAAGGAUCUCUUCAAAUCUUCCAAUCAAUAAUACAUCAACAAUGGUUCCGAAUGAUGUAUUUCAAAAAUUGCUGUACGAUCUGUUUUGUAUGUGGCAUGGUGUCCAACGACACUAUGAUCCACCGAUUCCGGAUAGUGAGGAACAAAGAAUGCAAAAGGUGAAAAAUCUGAUCUGCAAGCUCCUUACCGAAAUCGAUGGACGUGUCAACCGAAUCAAGCAGAACAACAAUCAUCAACGUGGACAGGACUUUUAUGAGGAAUGGACGAUGCUUACGUGGAAUGUCUUGUGUAUUACAAACCGUCUUCAGAACAGCCUGUCACAAGUUGUGGUCUCAAAUGAGGAUAAAAUGAUCUACUCGCGGUUGAAUCAGGCUCUCGUCGAACUUGUUAACUAUUCAAGAGACUUCUUGCCAUUCCCAUCCACAAAUGAAAUGGAUCCAGAAUAUGUCAUGUUGAGGGAUAAAAUGAAUCAGACAAUGAUGAGUCUUCAUGGAUUGUACCGACAAAUGAACUCUGCAAUGUAUCAAACACCUGAUGAUGUGGAAAACUUCAGAAUUCAUUUGCAAACGUUCGGAGAUGAUAUUCUUGUUCCUUGCCUUGAACAAUAUAAAACCUUCUGCAACAAGAAUUGUAUGGCUCUGUGGCAACAGGUCAGAUUGGUUCAAGUGGAGAGGAUGAGAGAUCAAGUGAAAGAUCAGGGAUGUUCCAUUGAGAAUCUUGUGUCGUUCUAUUCAAACAUGACAUAUGUCUUGGCAGUUCUUGGUGCAAGACUUCAAGGAUUCCGUUAUGAUUUGACUGUUAAUAAGAAGUUCUUCAAUUUUGAUCCAGUCGUUCAUAUGUCUGAAGCUGUUUUUGCUGCUUUAGAGCUUCUCAUGUCCAACUGUGUUUUGGCUACUGAACCAUCGACAAGUGCUAUUUUGGUCACCAACAACUUGUUCGCAAUGAACUGCGGAGCUCUUGCACGUGGAGUUGUCUUCAAAGAUUUCGAGAUUCAAGUUGUAUCAGAAGAAACUGCAGAGCAUAUUCAAUCUGAAAUGUCCCGUCAGCGGCUUCUCCAACAUCCUGCUCCAAUCGGAAAUGUUCCAUCUGCAGCUCUUCUUGCAAUGAAACCAACAACUGGAACUAAAAGAAGUAACGCUGCGAGCAACUCAGAUUCAGCCAACAAUACUGCACACAAGAAGAGUGAUGUGAACAGCAAAGAAAGUGUCAUAAUCUAUCCAGUUUAUAACAGUAAAAAUAGAUACUGGGCAGCCACCUAUCCACAUUUAUUGUGCACUACACGACAGAAGGGACGUCAAUCGAUUCACAGUUCGUAUCAGGAUCUUUCUCCAUCUGGAACCAAUUCGUCGGCAAGUAAUGACAAGAAUGGAAGUGGAAAACGUCCGAUCUUCUAUUUCCACAUCAAGGCGACAAUGUUCUCACCAUCAGGAAGAUUCGCGACAGCUCACACACUUUCCCUUCCGUUUACAAUUGCGACGAGAAGAAACCAAGAUUGUCAGGUGCAAAGAAUGAUGUCAUCUUACACUGCAACAAUCUUUUGGCUGUAUGGGUGCAAUACACAGGAUGGUUUGCUUUUGCAAUGGAUUGAUGGAGGAAUGCAUUGGGAUCAUUUCAAGCAUUUGUUCAAGCAACAUUUCAAAGUGAAUGCAGAUGUUCAAAGGAGUCUAAUUGAUAACGAUUUUGAGCUUCUCAAGUACAAGUUGCAGUGUCCAGAUUGCUGCUCGGGACAAGAUGGAGCAAGAGUUAAUGGUGUACAACAAAUAGUUACAUUCAAAAACGUAUUGUGUCCACAUCUUCGAUACGAGUGCAACAGUACCAAUGUUCGAUUCUCGGUUUGGCGUGGAAUGCUUGAGCUUCUCCAAAUCUUCCAUGACACCAGGAACAAUGUGCGAAAACUUUGGGAAAUGGGGUUCCUGAUGGGUUUUAUGGAAUUCGAGGAAGUGGACAACAUGUUGGAAAAGCACAAGUCGGCCCUUAUCAUGCGUCUCUCAUUUGUCACAGGAGGAACCAUUUGCUUUACCGUCAAAUCUUUGGCUCACACUUUGGACCCACGAUCUUCUCGUCCAAUUCACCUGGAACCAUUGGACCUGAAGAGACUCCAACAGAAAUGUUUGAAGGAUUAUCUCCGAGAUAUUGCAGACGCAGAAAAAGUCAAGUAUAUUCUGACAGCGAAUGAAGAAGUGAUCAAUAUUGAAUCAUUGCUUGAAUCAUUAAAAGAGUUGGGAGUGAAGCCAGAAAAUCCAUCGGAGAGCAGAGAGAUUUCAAGUAAUAUCACUCAUAUGGGAGAUAUUGAUACAAUGCAACAUAUCAAAUUUACUGCAAUGAGAAUUGCAGUUGUCACUUGUAAGGUUAAGCCACCAUCUGCUGAUCAAGAGGAGAAUGAUGCAAAUGGAUUGAAUCGUCUUCAAGCAACAUUAGGAACUCGAGACGAUGAUUUCCUACGGGAUUUUGUUCAACUUGCCAAUGCAUAUGGAAAAAGCAAACAAGAUCUUUAUGAGGCACUUGAUUUCAUUAACGAUCAAUACCAACCUGGCCCAAUUCGAAAAACGUCAUCAAUUUACGAUAGUUCUCACCAUAUUCCAUUGGCUCCAGCUCCGAUAGCUCGAAACAUGGGACCCACAAUGAUCUCCCCACCGCCCGCCAAGUUGGUUCGAUCUGAUUCCGAUCAUCUGCCGCCUUCAAAUACGAUGAUGCGAGUGAGCUGCUCGCCGCCAAAGCCACCUUCCCAGUUGCCAUCUCCAAAUCAGACAACAAUUCCACAUAUGUACAACAAUGGUAUUCCAAUGAUUUAUGAGCACCAUCAACAGCAACGCUUUGAUUACUGAUUUUCUGAAACUGAAAUACACCUAUCUUCAUCUAAUUCUAAUUAUUUCCAUUUUGCGGGUUUCUUUUCAUCCUUCCUAUCUUUUUUCUGCAUGUUUUAAUUAUUUGCCUUGAUUUGUAUUAACGUGUACAUUUCUCUAAUUUCUCUGCAAAUACUUGUUAUCUGAAAACACCUGAAUAUUGCUCAAUGUUGUUCUUGAAAAUGUAUACAGUUUGAAUGAAACUAUAAAAAUUUUAUAUCU